UUUUAAGGUACAAGUACUUCCUUUACAAUUUGCGUUUUCGUUUUCAAAAGGAAAGAAUUUCCCUUUAAUGCGGACAUAUUAUCUUGCUGGUAACCCUAAAUGCUCAGGCGCCAUCCUGUCAAUGUCAAAAAGGUGCCACAAGAGUCUUAUGGCACUAUAUCUACUACUUUAUUAUCGUUUAAUUCAAAUGAAUCCUCAAUAAUAUUUAGGUAAAUAAAUAACGUAAAUAUGUCAUCUGACAGGCAUUGUUGCGUUCCUGGUUGUAAAGAAAGAGGAGGUCCGCAUAAAGUUCUACACGGGUUUCCAAACCCAGAGAAGGAUAGGGCAAGAUUUAAUACAUGGCUGUAUGCAAUUGGCGGUGAUAUCAUAGAUCUGGAAAAUGAACACAUAUAUAAGUACCGACGUGUAUGUCGGUCGCAUUUCCAAGACAAACACUUAUGUCGUAACCACAAAAUUAGCCACAAUGCUGUACCAACAUUAAAUAUGCCCGAACCAUUGCGAUUACAAAAAUCUAGUAACCGGAAGCCAAUGCAAGAAAUUUCUGAUGAGAACAAACCAUUAACAUCAUUUGAUCCUGUAGCUUCGAAUCUUGCUGAAGCGCUGCCUUUAAAUACUUCACACACGAAAACUCAACAAAAUCUUGUUAUGGCUGGGCAUAAUGCUUGUGGAGGCGACCGUUUCCCUGAGUCUCCCAGGCGACCUGGAGUACUUCUUUCAUCAGACGAUUUUGAUGAGAUCGUUCAAUACAAAGGGAGCUCACGUUGGUAUACUCGCGCUGGUCACUUUUAUGUGGCUAGUCGUUCGAGGGGGGCCUCAACGACGAUGAGGUGCUCUACCGACCGCUGUCCGGCGCACUGGAUACUACGGGAUGGGAAAGCUGGUCCGACUAAGGGUCUGCAUAACCAUCCACCUACUCCCUGGGUGCUAAAUCGGAACAUCAUGUUUCAAGCACUGAAGAGGAGAGCUUCAGAGGAGGAUAUUCCUCUCAGUACGAUUUAUGAGGAAGAAGCUGCUAGGUAUCCGGAUGCUGCAUCGCACCUGCUAUACCAGUGUGUGCUGCCGUCGAUGCGUAAGUGGAGGAGGAACUCACAACUGGGUGUCUUUCCUCCACUUGAGAACUCUGUGGUUACACAGCAGAAUACAGAGAUGGGAGCCAGCAGACACAUAUUUCUUGAUGAUGACAUCAUUCCCGACGUGCAUAAACUUUGUAGAUUAUGUCUCUGUCAGACAGAAGACUGCCUACCAAUUUACAGAGAUUCCAAACACGAAUCCUAUCCUGAUAUCGCCUUGCGUAUCGCGAUGUGUGUGGGGAUUGAGGUGUCAAAGGAUGAUUGUCUCCCAAAAAAGUUGUGUAGACAAUGCUACCGAGACAUUGAAAGGUGUUAUAUCUUUCGGGAGAAAUGUGAAGUCAGCAAUAAAAAGCUAAAACUACACGCAGCAGCUGUGAGGGAGAAUAAAAAAUUAAUGGAGAACCAAAGAGGUGUUAAAAGAAACUUUAAAGAAGGCAAUGAUUUAUUAACAUUUAGCAAUGAAAGAACAUAUGGGAAAACCUAUUCAAAUAGGCUAUCAAAUAAAAAAAACAAUGUAAACCUACAUAGCAAUACACAGAAAGAGAUACAAGAAACACCAUCAAAAGUUGAGCCAGAAAAUGUUGAGCCUAGUUUUGAAGCAUUUCUCACAACAGUUCUUUUGCAACUUGGUGUAGUUGAAAGAAAAGAUGAAAAGAUGAUAUUACAGAACCCUAAUGUGAAGACUUUGGAAUUAGAGACUCAGAAUGGGAAGGUACUGGUGGAGCUUACGGAGGAGGAGCCAGAUGAUGAGUUUCAGGACAAUUUAAGUGAAGAAACUAUUAGUGUCAGUAAUAGUGUUAAUAGUAUGCCAUCUUCAGAAGAAAGUGUCCCAAUAAAGUUGGAACAAAACGCCAAAGGAAAAAAGGCCGGGGCCGGGGGCGGGGCCGGGGCGGAGGCGUGCGGGCAGUGGGCGCGCUGCGCGGCGUGCGGCAAGGGCUUCCUGUCGCGCAGCGCGCUGCGGCGCCACGAGCGCGUGCACUCGGGCGAGCGCCCGCACGCCUGCCGCGUCUGCCGCCGCACCUUCGCGCAGCGCGCCGUCAUGCUGCGCCACGAGCUCGUGCACAGAGAGCAACGUCCGUACCAGUGCGGGACGUGCCCCAAGAGCUUCACUCAGCGCUCGUCGCUGGAGGCGCACGCGCACGCGCACGCGGAGCCCCGCCAGCGCGCGCUCAGCCUGCGCCCCUGCCCCAACUGCGACAAGGUCUUCCUCUACGCCUCCGGUCUGUCUCGUCACAUGCGCGUGCACAGCGGCCGCGUCUACGAGUGCAGCGAGUGCGCGCGGCCCUUCUGCGACAAGAGCUCGCUGCGGCGCCAUCUGCGCAGCGUGCCGCACCCCCCACCACUAGCAUCACCAUCUCCAGCAGUGUCACCACCAGCAUCAUCAUCACCCCCACCACCACCACUACCAUCUCUACCAGCACUGGACACUUCCCCAGACAUAGUAUUGCAGUCAGACUCUCUAAUGUCAUAAGGUGUGCAAGUGCCUUGAAAUGUUACAUUACUUGUUCAAAUAACUUUAUGAAACUUGUUACUUUAUUGUAUAAUAGAUUUUUUUAUAAUAUAAGUAGUAUUAAAUAUUAUAUCACAAUAAAAGCUCAUGUUUAAGAGAAAAUGUUUAAUUUGUUGUGGUUGCUAGAGGAGCUGGCAGGUUAUUUCUUAGAUUAAAACAUUAUGUAAAAUUGUACAAAGUGAUAUUACAAUAAAUAAUAUUUUUAUC